CACACAUCCAAAUAUGAUCACAUCACACAUGAAUGGCUACAUUAUGGGUGACUCCCAAACCGGAUCUGCGGGCACAGCGCACAACAAAUCUGGGACCAAUCACGGGGCGUCGGAGUGGGACGACAUCGCAGAUGACACGUCCGCCCACGCCGAUCCCAGCCGCUGCUCGGCACAGAUGAAGCGCAUCCAGAACCACCAGGAGGAGCUGAGGAAGAAGCGGGAAGAGGAAGGACGUCAGCGGAAGGCCCAGACGACGACGACGACGAUAACGACGACGGCCAGCAUCAACUCCUCGCUGCGGCUCAAGAAGCUCUCCCAGGACCCCUGCCCCAAGGUGGGCAUCGACAACCCCACGUUUGAGCCGUCCGAGUCGGACAGGAAGGAGUCGGUGCCUGCUCGUGCUGGUGGAGAUGCUGGACUCGAAGGCUAUCCUGAUGAUAAUGGUCAUCUGUCAGAGCUGGACGACCUGCUGGUGUCCCUGGAGCAGGUGCACCACUGCCUGGGCACGGACCAGCAGAGCCAGGAGGACCUGCAGCUGGUGGUGGAGCUGCUGCGCACCUCCGACUUCCAGACGGCCUUCCAGCUGCACUGCGCCAUCGCCCUGGGCAUGCAGCGCGUCAGCCCCCCCUUCCCCCUCACCGCCCAGGCUCAGAGGCUCUGCCAGGAGGUGGAGAGUGCCCUCCAGACCAGCCGACAAAAGGAGGGCCUGGAGCUCAAAGCACUGCUCACCUCUCCCCACGUCCAGGCUCUGAUGGAGGCCCAUGACGGUGUGGCGGAGCAGGAGCUGGACCCUGAGCCCAGUGAGAUGGCCCUCUCUCAGUACGGGGACACGGUCAAACUCGUACGGCUGCAGAAGACUCGGGACAUCCCCCUGGGAGCGACGGUGCGUAACGAGCAGCAGCGUGUGGUGGUGAGCCGCGUGGUGAAGGGCGGGGCGGCGGAGCGCAGCGGGCUGCUGAGGGAGGAGGACGAGAUCCUGGAGAUCAACGGCAUCCCCGUCAGGGGCAAGAACAUCAGCCAAGUGCAGGAGAUGAUGUUGGCUAUGAAUGGCACGCUUACCUUACUGCUCAUCCCCAACUCCUGCGAGAACCCUUCAAACCGGCAAACUGUGAUGCAUGUGAAGGUCUACUUCGAUUACGACCCCUCGGAAGACCCCUACUUGCCAUGCCGAGAGCUGGGCCUGUCCUUCCAGCGGGGGGACAUCCUGCACAUCAUCAGCCAGGACGACCCCAACUGGUGGCAGGCCUACCGGGACGGUGAAGUGGACAACCAGCCCCUCGCGGGCCUCGUCCCUGGAAAGACCUUCCAGCAACAGAGGGAAACUCUGAAGAGGGUCAUUACAGACAAGAACCCAGAAAAUGCAGGGAAGAUCUGGUGUGCCAAGAACAAGGGCAAGAAGCCUAGAAAGAGUGCGCGCAAACCUGACAGAAGCACAGAGCACCACACUGAGGAGAUUUUAACCUAUGAGGAGAUGGCUCUGUUCCACCAGCCGGCCAAUCGCAAGCGGCCCAUCGCGCUGAUAGGCCCGCCCAACAAGCGACAGGACGAGCUAAAGAGGAGGCUACUGGCGGCUGAGCCAAACCGGUUCGCCAGCGCUGUGCCACACACCACCCGUCAGCCCCGCUCUCACGAGGUGAAUGGCCGCGAGUACCACUUUGUGACGCGACUGAACUUCGAGACGGAUCUGUCUACCGGGAAGUUCUUGGAGUCGGGCGAGUUCGAGAGGAACCUGUACGGAACCACCACCGACUCUGUCCGACAGGUGGUCAACUCAGGACGCAUCUGCCUGCUCUGUCUGCAGACCAGGUCCCUGCGCGUGCUGCGUUCCUCCAACCUGAAGCCCUACAUAAUCUUCAUCGCACCUCCCUCCCUGGAGAGAUUGCGCACCCUGCUGUCCAAAGGGGGAAGCACACCCAAGGUGGAGGAGCUGAAGGAUGUGGUGGACAAGGCCCAGGAGAUGGAGCAGAACUUUGGCCACCUAUUUGAUGCCGUCGUCAUUAACGACGACCCGGAGAGAGCCUAUCAGGAGCUGAAGCGCCUCAUAGACAAGCUGGACGUGGAGCCCCAAUGGGUGCCCUCCUCGUGGCUCUGCUGA